UCUAAGCUUGAAUAGCUCGAUGUUUGGUGAAUUAUUUUUUAUCUUCGCGAAAAAAAUUGGAUUUUUCAAAAAAUGACAUUUGUAUAGCGAUAAAAAUUCGAAUGGUGGUAUCUUCGAACGAUUUAAAAUUAUCGCGAAAUUUGUGUGUGUGAUUAUUAUGGAUUAUUUAUUCGAAUGAAAUUCGUUAUUCGAAUGGGAUUUUGAAUUCGGGACGCUUCCAGUGCUGCUUCAGUUCAACGUAAAUGGCGGGGAUUGAAAAAUAUUGAAAGACUGUGUAAUUAAUUUUUAUCGUUCAUUCAACGACAAAUACUCUUUUCAGUCGGAAUUAUUGUAACGAUAUCUUAGAUCAUCCUCCAGAUAAUUGAUCAAUGAUGCAAGCGAUGCUGAUAUGAUCCUCUUUGUCGAUAUUAUAGAUGAGUUAACUUGGAAUUGCAAAGUGAGAAUUGUCGGUUAAACUCAUUUCAGAAUGAUUAGUAAUUCUCAAGAAAGAAUUAACACCUCCGACAUGGAGGUUGAUGAAUCGAACAAGGAAUAUGACACUGACGAGGAGGGUGGUAUGAGAAUCGAUGAUGAUAUAUACAUUCCACCGCCACUGAAAACCUUCUGCGAGGUUGAUACAACUGGUCCAAGACUCAUGAUCACUAAGAUUGUCAAUGUAAAUUUCAAAAGCUACGCUGGCACAACUACCAUUGGUCCUUUUCACAAAAGCUUCUCGGCAAUAGUUGGUCCCAAUGGUAGUGGCAAGAGUAAUGUAAUAGAUUCUAUGCUGUUUGUGUUUGGCUAUCGCGCCAGCAAGAUCAGAUCGAAGAAGAUUUCUAUCUUAAUACAUAAUUCCAGUGAAUAUUCAAAUCUGAAUAGCUGCACUGUCUCUGUACACUUUCAGAAAAUCAUCGAUAAAGAGCUUGAAGGAGACUACGAAGUCAUUCCAAACAGUGAGUUUGUUAUAUCUAGGACUGCAUUUAAAGACAAUUUAUCAUAUUAUGAGCUUGAUAAGAAGAAAGUACAAUUUAAGGAAAUCGCUAAGGUUCUCCGAUCCCAUGGAGUUGACUUGGAUCACAAUCGGUUUUUAAUAUUACAAGGUGAAGUCGAACAAAUUGCAUUAAUGAAACCGAAAGGACAACAUGAAAAUGACACCGGCAUGUUGGAAUUUCUGGAGGACAUUAUCGGUACAUCUCGCUAUAAGGAACCUCUAGCAAAAUUAGCAGAUAAGAUUGAAGUAUUAACAGAGUGUAGACUAGAAAAAUUACAUCGUCUUAGAGUUGUGCAGAAGGAAAAGGAGAGUCUAGAAGAACCUAUGGAAGAAGCCAUGCAAUACCUGAAAAUAGAGAAUACAAUAAUCAGAUUACAGCAUCAACUUUACCAUUGUAAGAGAUCCGAAGCGGUGAAGGAACUUGCCGAGCAUGUAGCAAAGAACGAUACUUUAGACAAGGAACAGACUGCAUUAAUGAAUGAGAUGACAAAUGUUCGUCAGCAAAAAGAAGAAAAGACUAAGGUUAUUAAGGAGAAGAGCAAGAAAUGGAAUGCCUUACAACAACAGAAGGAUGAUGCUACGGCGAAGUUCGACAAACUACGCAAGCAGGAUGAGUCAUUACACGCCGAACUAAUUGAAACGAAUAAGCGGCGAAAAGAUAACAUAGCAACCAUGAAGACGGAAAAGAACAAAAUGGAAGAACUGCUAAAUGUACCAGAGAAAAAUACAAAAGACAUCGAAGAAUGCGAGAAGUUGAUCGAGACAUACAUGACCAAUAAAGAAAAAGAAGAGACUGCGUUAACGACUUUGAUGGCGGGGUUGCGAACACAGACGGAGCCGUUGCUGAAUGAGCGGUCCGAUUUGGAAAAGGAGCUGAUAUCUCUUAGGAAAAACGUGGAUCAAGCGAAAGCGGCAUACGAUAUUGCGCAAUCUGAGCUGGAGCUUUAUAUAUCGGUGGAAAAGGUUGAAAAAGAAAAGCUGGAAAGUCUCCGAGAAUCCGUGGAGAGGACAACAAGCACUCUUAAGGAACGGCAGAAGCAGCUGGAUUUAUUCGAACGGAAAAUUCCUGCAACCCAAAACAGUUUGAAACAGGCACAGGAUGAAUUGAAUGACGCAAAAAGACGCGAAGUCGAAAAAGUCGCUCAGCUAAAGAAAAUGCAAAUGACUUUCGAGGAAAAGCGCUCUGCUAUGCAAGCUAGUACAUCGCGGAAUCGUAUCUUGGAUGCAUUGAUGAGAGAGAAGCGAGAGGGACGGAUGCCUGGAAUAUUCGGAAGACUGGGCGACUUGGGUGCUAUUGAUGUGAAAUAUGAUGUUGCUAUAUCGACAGCGUGCGGUCCUCUGGAUAACAUCGUCGUGGACACGGUGGACACGGCGCAGACAUGCAUUACAUAUCUGCGACAACAUAACAUAGGGCGCGCAACGUUUAUACCAUUAGAGAAACAACAGCGAUUCCUGUCCAAGUGUCACAGCAAGAUUCAGACACCGGAAAAUGUGCAUCGACUGUUCGAUUUAAUAAAGGUAGAGGAUGAACGAGUGCUGCCGGCAUUCUACUACGCUUUACAUGACACUCUAGUGGCGCAGGACUUGGAUCAAGCGACACGCAUUGCUUAUGGCAGAACGCGUUAUCGCGUAGUGACGUUGAAAGGCGAGCUGAUUGAAUUGUCUGGUACGAUGAGUGGUGGCGGACGCACAGUAUUGCGAGGACGAAUGGGCCAGAAGGUAGUAAGAAGCGAGCCAUCGAGCACCGAUAUCGAGAAGCUGCAGUCACAGCUAGAUGCCAUAUUCGAAGAGUGCAAUAAUCUGAGAACAAAGCAACAGCCAUUGGAGCAGCAGAUCCAUGUGUUGACGACCGCUUUGCAAGACAUGAAAAUGGACAGACAAAAAUUUAGUAUUGAAGUACAAACGUUAAGGGAACAGGAACCGUCGUUGCAAGUACAACUUAAAGCGCAGGAAAAGAAGGCCGCCAACUCGAUAUCGGAUCCAAAGAAAGUUGCUCAACUGCAACAGGCGUUAGAUGCAGCGAAAUUGCAUUUGGACGAGGUCGAGGAGAGUUCCGCUUCGGUAGAAAAAGAGGUAGCGCGUAUUAAUAGCAAAAUAGAUGACAUCUCUGGCAAUCGAGUACGGGAUCAACAAAAGAAAAUCGCGCAAUUGACUAAAUCGAUAGACAAGGCCAAGGCGGAGGUAUGUCGUUUGCAGGUAGCCAUCAAGACUGCUGAAAGAAAUCUCAAGAAGACAGAAAAAUAUAUUGACACGUUGCAAAGUGAUGUACAUGCUUGCGAGGAGAGAUUAAGAAACAUUAAAAACGAGAAAUUGGAACUCGAAGAAAGUGCCAAAGUAAUUCUGAAUGAGUUAAAAGAGUUGAAUGAAGCAUUGACCGAGCGUGAUGACGCUAUGUCAUCCUUAAGAGACGAGUUGAACGAGCUGCAGGCAAGCGAGGACAAGAUGAAGGCGGUGAAGAUCGACCUGGAUCAGAAACUGCACGAAAGCAGAAAGUUGUUGAAGGAACUUCAACAUGUAAUUCCUGAAUAUAAUCGGAAGAUAGCGGAACUAGAGUUACGAUCGAUUCCCCGCGAGACAUUGGAGCCGCUUAAAGACUUGACUGAGGAAGAGAUCGACGAAUUGGACGCAAAGAUAGUGGCACAAAAUUUACAGAAGGCUAGAAAGAAGCUACCCGACCAGAUACCUAAUAUGAAGAUCAUUGCGGAUUAUCAAGAAAAGGACGCGUUGUACAUACGUCGCGUCGCCGAAUUGGAGGAAAUGACAUUGACGCGCAACAAGAUGCGCGAGGUGUAUGAAACUGCUCGACGACGUAGAAUUCAGGAGUUCCAGGACGGUUUUAGCCUGAUCACCACAAAAUUAAAGGAGCUGUACCAGAUGAUUACGUUGGGCGGCGAUGCGGAGUUGGAGCUAGUAGACUCGUUGGAUCCCUUUAGCGAGGGUAUUGCAUUCAGCGUGCGUCCGCCGAAGAAAUCGUGGAAGAGCAUCAGCAAUCUCAGCGGUGGCGAAAAAACUCUGAGUUCAUUGGCGCUGGUAUUCGCCCUCCAUCAUUACAAGCCCACGCCGCUCUACUUUAUGGAUGAGAUUGACGCGGCGCUCGAUUUCAAAAAUGUUUCGAUCGUUGGUAACUACAUCAAAGAGCGCACGAAGAACGCGCAGUUUAUCAUCAUCUCAUUGCGUUCGAACAUGUUCGAAUUGGCUGACUAUCUGGUGGGUAUCUACAAGACGCGAAACUGUUCCAAGAGCGUGACUCUCAAUUUGGGACGUUACUACGAGAACAACGGCAUCGCGCCACCCACCCAGCUCACUUCCAAGACCUACGCGUCACAGGCUACGCAGAGAACGCAGGUACUCUUGACGCAAUGCAGCCAGGCUGCGCGCAAGGAAAAUACUGCACCCGUGAAUAAUAAUCAAAAUAAUGCAAAAGAAACACAAUCGAAUGAGGAGAAGGUCUUAUCCACGAAGAAUGAUAACACGAAAGAAGUACUAAAUGGAGAAAAUAAUUCUUCGCCACACGCGAAGAACAACAAAGCAAACGAAAUUUCGCUAAAUGUGGAAGAGACGUCGAUCGUAAAAAACAAUGAUGCAAAAAAAAAACCACAAAAGGAACAGCCAGAAGUCAAUGGAUUGAGUCUUCCAGAUUUGUCGAUAUGUUCGACACCACCAUCUCGGCGCUCUGACAGACUCGCAAGGAAGAGUGCGAGUAUAAACAAAAGCGUUAACAAGGAACCAAUUAAUAAGAAGCGAAAAUUGAAGUGACUGAAUGAUUCCGCGAACUUCGAAAGUCCGCAGGGUCCUCAAAGAUUAGUGCGUGUAAAUGAAUAACGUCGGAGACUAAUUUCAAUUCUUCUAAAUAUGUUGUAUAAUGACGUUUUUUAUAAUAAUAUUAAAUUUAUAUUUUCAGAAGACGUAAAAUUUUAUUAAUUAAAUAUUAACGAUAAAAUUAUAAUAAGCGUUCUAUUAAAUAAAAUAAAUUAUGAGAUUUGAUAGUUAUAGUUUUAGUUAUCAAAAAUAUAUAACGAAACUUAUAUAUAUCUAGUUUUGUUAUAAUAAUGUUAAGUCUAGUUUUGACAUAAUAAUGCAUACACAAACAUAUGUAAAUUGUCAGUUCUCUUGUAAUUUAAGAUCUCUGUAAAAGUGUAAGAUACUGAAAGUUAUGUAUGUGUAAUUGUAAGACAUAGAGUCUGUCUCUUUUCUUUUUUUGUAGUUUUCCAGUGAAUAUAAACUUCAUUUUGGAAAGUACAAUAUAUAAUUCAGUCAAAGAGAAUGGACUUAUAAGUGAAUGCAAAGUGCAAAAAUAUUUUUAUAUUUUUAUAUAUGACCAGCUAUAGUAAUGAAAAUAGAUUGU